UUAUUAUACACAUAGAAAUUUCAGUCGGCAAAACUUACAGAUCUAGUUAAUUAUUUUAUAAAUUAUUUUCUUAAUUCAAGCACCAGUAUAGGCGAACAGCUUUUGUCAGUGAGACAUGAGUGAUAAUUUCCAAAUGUUAUUUAUUGACUUAAUAGGACUGUUAACUUGAAGCUUAUCAAAGCAGGAUGGCGUAUUGAGUGUUGUUUUCACUGAACAAAACAUUGACAUAGAAUACUUAGGAAUAUUUGAACAAACGUAGACUGAAUGAGACACCAGGCUAUAGCAUAACACAGAAAUAAAGUUUUUGAGCUUCCUCCAAUAUGGCGUCUGUCCAUUGAUGCUAGUCACGUGAUGAAACGUCAGACCCGUGCUAUAAAUAACCCGUGACAAGUCCCGCAACUCACCUUGACCCUGUUGCCAUGGAAGCCAACGACGAGCCCCUCAAGUCCAGCUCACCGAGAUGGCCUUCACCUGUGUCUCUCACCUCCUACAUGCCCCGCCCGCCCGUCACACAGCAGGAGUAUCCUGUUGGGGAGUUGGAGCCCGACUCCAAGCCGGAGGCGGUGGGAAAGGUUGCUCCGGCUUCCAAUGGGAGGGGAGAGAAAACAGAAACAGGCCCCAGCGUGAGCACAAGCAACAACAUGGACAGUGAAGUGACCGUUGAGUCAUCACCUGUGGAGCAGGUCUCACUGCUAAAGCACGUGACCUCCUGGUGGUACCUCGUGGUCAUCAUAGCCACGCCCCUCGUCUUUCUACCCAUAUUUCUAUCUGUGGAUGAUAAGCACCAGAGACAGGCAAGAUGCGGUUACGUCAUAGCUGUCAUGGCGGUCUUCUGGAUCACAGAGGCGCUGCCCAUCGCCGUGACGUCAUUGGCACCUGUCGUCCUGUUACCUGCAAUGGGGGUCAUGUCAGCCAAAGACACGUCAGCUGCUUACUUCAAUGACACGUCCAUGUUGUUUAUAGGCGGUCUUCUGGUUGCCAUAGCAAUCGAGGUCUGGAACGUCCACAAGAGAAUAGCACUGAUGGUGUUGAAGAUAGUCGGUGCCGAGCCCAAAUGUCUGCUGUUUGGUAUAAUGCUGGUUACGUGGUUCCUGUCCAUGUGGAUCUCCAACACGGCCACGACGGCCAUGAUGAUGACCAUCGUUCAGGCCUUGCUGCAGCAGUUCAAGGACAUGGACAUCAACGAGAAGUCCAAGAAAGCCAUCACUAACGGAAAUUUACACAGUGACCCCAAAUCACCUGACGCACUCAAGCAUAAACGAGAUCAGGAACGGGCCGACGCUGAGUUUCUGAGACUGAGCAAGGCGUUGUCUCUGACGGCAGCGUACGCCGCCAACAUCGGAGGUAUCGCCAGCCUGACGGGAACUGGGCCGAACCUUGUCCUGUUUGCAGCGGCACAGAAAGUCUUUGGGGACGUUGGGCUUAAAUCACCUGUCACCUUUAGUACGUGGUUGAUCUAUGGACUGCCGCUGUCGUUACUGGUGGUGCUUGCCAUGUGGGCGUGGAUGGUGGUGGUGUUCCUCAGGUGCAAAGGAGGGUGCCUGUGUUGUUGCUGUGCUCCAGAAGCCAACAAGAAAAAACUGGAGAAGGUCAACGCCAUGAUCAGAGAUGAGUACAACAACUUGGGACCUAUCACAUAUGCCCAAGGUACAGUGUUGGUAACGUUCGUACUGCUUGUUGUUGCUUGGAUCACUCGUGAUCUUGGUGGAGCUGGUGGUUGGGCGGAUUGGUUCCCUCCUGGAUUGAGUGACUCCACCCCGUCCAUCUUGUUUGGUAUUCUCAUGUUUGUUUUACCGUCAUCGCUGCCGAACAUUUACUCACGGAGAGGCGGAACCAACACCUACACGAAGGUGACGCCCCUGCUGAAGUGGAGUCACGUCCAUGAAAAAAUGCCCUGGUCCCUGUACCUCCUACUGGGGGGUGGUUACGCUAUCGCCCAGGCUGCCACGGUUUCCGGUCUGGCUACCUGGUUGGGUGAGCAGCUGAUGGUGUUCCAGUCACUCAACCAGUGGGUUGUCCUGCUCAUCAUCUCCUACAUCGUGUGUUUCGCUACUGAGGUCACCAGCAACACGGCUAUAGCCACGUUAAUGAUGCCCAUCCUUUCACAAAUGUCCAUCAGUCUAGGAGUGAAUCCUCUGUUUUUCAUGUAUCCUGCCGCCAUUGCUACGUCAUUCGCCUUCAUGUUGCCCGUGGCAACACCACCCAACGCCAUCGUCUUCGCUAGUGGCACAGUCCGUGUUAUAGACAUGGUGUCCAGUGGUUUGUUCCUCAACAUUAUUUGUGUGCCGAUUCUUGUUUUUGCUACAGCCACGUGGGGCAACGCCUUCUUCCAUUUCGACCAAGUACCGAAAGAAUUUCUAAAAAAUGCAACCAGUUCUGGUCAAAUAUUACAUUCUUAAUGUAAUUUGCUUUACUAAUUACAUCAAUCUAAUCAAUUAAUUUAAAUUUAUUUUAUAUUUUUUCCGUGAUUUUUGUGCUACUUUUUAAAUUAAUGUUCUAAAAUUAUGUAACAUUGCUUUAACAUAGAAAUUAUUUUUGUUUUCAUUUAGAAUUAAAAAAAAGGGAAGUGAAACCUGAUGUAAAUUUUAAAUGAUUUUUGUGAAUAAAGCAUAAUUAUUGUUACAUAAUGAUUUUUAAAAAUACUUAAUGUACCAUAACAAAAAUUCCUAAAUAUAUCGGUUAAGUAUGAUUGGGGAAAGGAUCAAAAUUAAAUAUGUAAAUUUAAAAUA